UCGCUCAGUGCUGCGGUCAGGUGAGCUGCGGCUCCCCUCGCUCCACUGAGCAGAUGGUACAGUCCACAUGCAGUCGAUAGUUGUUGCUGAGGAGGUUCCUUCACAUACCGUUGAACCUGCUCUCAUCCCGGGUCCUGCGGCUGGAGGCUGCGCUGCUUUUCCAACAUGUCCCCGUCAUCUCACCGGAGCCACCGUGGAGGACACGGCGUGGUCGCGUUACUCCACGUUUUAUGCAGUAUUAUAGGUCUGUGCUGCAGUCAAGUGGUGGUACCUCAGAGGGUUAGUGCUGUGCUGGGGAAGAAUGUGACAUUGGAGUGUAGGGUGGAAAUGGACUUGGAAACAAACCUCACUCUCACUCAGAGUUCCUGGGAGCGCCGCUUACCUUCGGGCGCCGUCACCUUGGCUGUCUACAACCCUGAGUAUGGCAUCUCCAUCCCAGAGCUUAGUCACCGCUUGCAUUUCCGCUCACCCUCCUUUUACGAUGCCACCAUCGUCCUGGAAAACGUGGGCUUUGCUGACGUCGGGAUCUACACCUGUAAGGCCGCUACAUUUCCUUUGGGAAACUCUCAAGCCUCCACUACGCUCAAUGUGCUCGUGGAGCCGAAGGUCUACGUGUCAGCAGGUUCAACCGCCCUGAUCGAUGGUGGCAAUGAAACCGUGGUGGCCACCUGUAUCGCUGAGCGGGCUCGGCCCCCCGCUGAGGUGUCCUGGGAGUCCAACCUGUUUGGCCAGUCAGAAGUGCAGCUGUUCGACGAGGUCAACGGCACCACCAGCACACAGGUGCGCUACCUCUGGCAGCCCACACGCCACGUCCAAGGCCAUGCGCUCACCUGUGUGGUCCGCCACCCAGCGCUGCUGAGUGACUUCAGGAUCCCAUACCAGCUCAACGUGCAGUUUGCUCCUGACAUCUCAGUCGUGGGCUACGAUGGAGACUGGUAUGUGGGUCGGGAAAACGUUCAAAUGACUUGCAAGGCCAACGCAAACCCACCAGCUCAUCACUUCAAAUGGAUCAGAUUGGACAGUGAAAUGCCAGAAGGGGUGGAAAUAAUGAAUAGCACUCUGCUCUUCCUGCGUCCCCUUCAGCGGAAGGAUUCUGGAGUAUACAGGUGUGAGGUUGCCAAUGACAUCAACCUCCGCAGUCGGGAUGUGCGCAUUCUCAUACAAGAUCCUCCCACCAUGCCUUCCACCAUUACUGCUCCUGUCCUAGCUGGCUCUGCCUCCUCCACCUUAGUGGAUGAUAAGGGCCAUGUCCUCCUCAGCUCCCCCACACUCGAAGCCCUACCUGAGAGUAAUCUUGGUUCCGUAGUGGGUGGUGCUGUGGGUGGGACCUUGUUCCUGCUACUGCUGCUGUCUAUGGUAGGCGUGUAUUACCUACGCAAACAGCAGACCUUCCACGGGAAUUACUACACCCCGUACCUGGGUCCCAAUCACCUCCAGAAAGCCCCUACGCAGCACGAGCUCCGCCCAACCAAAGCCGGCAGCAGCUCCUUCCGCCGCGACCACGACCGGGAGGAGUGGGGCGCCAGCCAGCUCAAACAAGAGCAUUCCCAUAGCGACUCUAACGGAGAGGAGUAUCCCCCUAAUGGCUUCACUAGGGCAAUGAGGGAGAGCAGUCACCACUGCAAUCAGCAGAAUCACCAGCGUGAACACACACAGUAUUCUAGCCCAUGGCAGGCCCGACUACCGCAUCCACCGAAACCACAGGGAAACGGCUCCCCCUGCCAGUCAGAUGACUGCUACGAUAGCGGGACUGAUGCGGACUAUGUCUCUCACACAGAUGGCUCGGUCAUCUCACGUAGGGAGUUGUUCGUUUGACAAGCUCCAUGAUUCUGCAGGAGCAGAAAUGCUACAUAAAUAGGAAGUUUUCAUUUAUUUGGUUAGAAAGAAGAACCACAUUAUUUCUGUUUUGUACGCACACAGUCUCAGUUCUUUAAUUCUUUUGUUUUACAAUUGUCCUGGACAACACUUGAUCUAAAGUUUCUCUUUGUCAUGGGGACAGACUGUGGACUGUUCAGCCCCACACCUACAUGCCUACAGAAGUGGGCAUGUCACUAGUUUGUGUGUGCAGAGUCUAACAAAAGACGUAAGUAUGUGCUGUUUCUGCCUUACUACAUGGACUGCCAAUGUAUUUAGUAUUACUAUUGUGGUUCAGUGGAGUGAAAGCCUUGGGACUUUGAGGUCACAUAUGUUAGAAGAAAGUUGUUUUUUGUUUUUUCAACAAAAUCAGCCUUUUUGGGCUAUGUGAUGCUUAUUUGUAUAUAUGUUGCUAUUGAUUACAUUGAGUACACUUACUUUAGAAGACCUCUGAUUAUAAUUGGCUAAUAGUUAAGAAUGGUGCAGAACCGGAUUCGAAAUAAAUUUAUUUUCCCAAAACUCAGUAUAGGGCACAGCAGAGGCUGUAUAAGCUGAUUCAAAAAAGGUCUUGCUGAGAAAUCAAUAUCCCUCCAUGCUUAGUGACCUCGUGCUCAUACAUAUUAUUGCACUUCCUUUUGCAUAACUUAAUGGGCAAACCGGAUCAUCAGACCUUAUUUAAAUUACCGCAAUGGGAGACUUGUGAGGUUGAGGACUUGACCACCGAUGUCCUAGUAACGUCCUUUUAAAACUGAUGGCCCAGAGUGGGAAACUUAAGAGCAUUUCUACCGUAUGUCCUCAGCUCGUCUUAUAUCCCCAGGAGGCAGGGGUGGAGAGAGGCUAAGCAGAGGAGCCUGUGUGCAUGAGGCACAAUCCACUGAAGCAACAGACUCGGUCUGUCACACAGUCGAACUUUGAUAUGCAAAUUUGCCACACCAUCUUCUCUGUCCACUGCAAGUAGAAAUAAGUUAAAAUAUUAUUACUGAUUUAUUUUUAUCCCUCGCAUGGUGGUUAUGGAUACGUUUGUGUAUUUGCGCUCCAGCCCCAAACCAGGACUCUGGGAAAUUGUUUGGAUGUUUGAAGCAGGUCGUCAGUAUGGCAGCCACCAUGCACUGGCCUCCUUGUCCCAAAGUAUUUUGUCUCACAAAGAAAUCAUUCAGGAGUGCAGCCAGGACACUAUUACACAUAACUACCCAUGGUCUAAUUUCACUACUCUCAGUAAUCUGUUGAAACAAGAAGCAAUUACAAUCUGAGGCAUUAAUAGGCUUAUUGUGGCUUAUCCAUGUGUGCAACUGCACACUCAAAUCAUACUAACCAGUUAUUUGAAGCAUUUAUGAUUACUAUUAUUUUUAUAACAACUCAUACUAUUAGAUAAAUCAGACAAAUGAGGUCUUUUGUGCUGGAUAUGCUGUCUCUGUCACCUGUGGUUAUCAAACUGUCCACUCAGCUCUUUAUCCACAGCACAGUGCUUACUCAUCAGAAGGGACAGACAAUUUGUUUUAGUGCACUGAUGAUUAAAUCUCUCACUUUGAAUAGGGAUAAAAAUAAUCUGGCUUGAGUUGCAACUAAUUCGGUAUUUAUUUGUUACCAGCCUUAUUUUACUGCCCAUUAAGGUGCUACAACGUUUGCAGGAGUAUGAUUGAACUGAGGUCUAAGUGUAUUUCAUAAGUCAGUGUCCAGUGGUUCAUGAGUCAAAGCUAUUACGGGGUUAAAGAUGCAUCUCAGUUUUUGUAUGUGACACAGAUAAAGUGUUUAAUAGUUCACCAGACUGCAUGGAGGAUAUCCCACAGUUUCUUUCAUGUACGCUAGUGUUUGUGAAUACAACUUCUGUAGUGUGGUCACCUUUACAAUAUUUGCAGCAAGAUGCCAAAUAUUUGUUGAACGUACAUUACAGAUAUAAUAUGAUGACAGUGCGUCUCACAUAAGUAUUAAGUGACUAGGUAGCAACUGAUUAUUAUUACGUAGCUUCUAUAAAUGCCUAACGUAUCACUGUUGUAUACAGGGUCUUGUAGCUUGAAAUAGAAAUGAAAAGAUGCUAUUUGGCCACUUUAAUAUUACAGCAAGAGUCGAUAAAAUGGGAUUUAGUUAUAUUGUUAUGAACCUGCACUAAUUUGUCAGGGUAUGAAUCUUGUGGAGUGAGUAGGCUGCGAUAUCUCUGUGAGAUUUAAUAAUGUUCGACUGUAACUUGCAAGCGGACAAUAUGACACCUGUGCUGUUGUUCCAAGUGUUGUUUCAGAUGCUGUGCAGUGCAGUAGGACUAAAAUACACUAAGCUUCCCAUUAUAAUAACUACCAGUUAUAUUAUUUUGAUUCCUUCACACUACGAGUGUGAUAAGACAAGUUUUGGAUUAAUGUUCCCUGGUUUAGAGAUUUCUUGCCUAAAACAAUACACUUGAUAAUCUACUCAACACACUGUCGAAAGUUUUGAGACUAUUUCUUUGGUAGAAUGUAGUUCCCAUGAAAACUAUCCAGGGGGUUUAUUAUUAUUUAUUUAUUUUUUGAUAUUUUGCUUUUAAUUUGAUGUAAUUUUCCAAACCUAUGGAAAACUAGAUUGGCACUCAGUGGAGUGCAUGUCUCUGUUAUGGCCCAACAGUCCCCUUAAAACAUAUCAAGCCGCACCAAAUUUCAUAAACUAAUAUAUCAUUUCACUUAACAUGUUGGAUUUUAUUCCAUUAAGAUCCACAUAUUAUUUCCUGCCAAAUCUGAAAAUGUGAAAAAAAAAAUCACGGUUUUGAUCUGCCCCUUUGUCCAGACCCUAACUAUAAGUUAAUGGCGUCUUACUUGGCCUAUACCCCAUCCUUCCACCAAAUUUCAAUAAUCUGGCUUUAGCAGGUUUUCAUAAUCCGGCAAAAAAAACUGGACUCAAAACACGACCUUCUUGGUGGAGGUAGCAAACAACAUUCCAUUUGUCUUCAUUGUAUUUGGCUGCUGGUUAAACCAUCAGAGAACAUUGCCUCAAUACCUGGGUCUAUAAAUCCCUAUUGACAUGUAAAAUAGAAAAGAGUUUGAGUGAACUGAUGCUUUAAUGGGAGUACAGCUGGAUCAUUUGUGAACCACAAAACCUCAUUUACAUUGUUGAAUUUUAAGUUGUGUUCUUGAUUGUUUUUUUGAUGUUGCUGCUGACACCUAUGAUUUCAGUAUUUCAUAUAAAUGCAGAGAGCAACAGGAAGCACAGCAGCCUCACCCUGUUGUUUUGUUUGCUUCUAUGCACUAAGACGGAAAUUCCACUAAUCAAUAUAUUAUUUUUGCUCGACCGUUUGCAGCCCUGCACCUGGAUUAAUGAAGUUCUUUUGUACUGUGACAUUUUGUAUAGACAUCAGUCCUCAAUAUCUUCAGGAGAUGUCCUUCACUUUGAGUUGAAAAUACAACUAUAGUGCCUUAGAUACCUAGACGAAGAAAUUUCUGUGUUUUCUUAUAAUUGGAUGUGGCGACCUUAUUUGUUGCUCUGAGAUUUUCUUUAACUUUUUGUUUUUUGAUUUUUACUGCAUAAUGUUUGUUGGGAGGACUCAGUUGUCAGUUGUGCCAUAUUCACUUCUCAGCCCUUGUUCCUAUGAUGGUUAUUGAUGCAGUAUAUUUACAAAUCUAGAGGCAUUAAAACACACACAAAGAUGAUGUUAAAAUAUAUUUUAAUUUAAAAUUCGUUAAAUCUCUACUUCAUAUGUGUGUGUCAGGGUUUGUUUGUUUUUUGUUGAAUCACUGUUGUUAAAAAGACUGAAGAGUUAAAUUCAGUCUCACCUUGUUCAAAUGCACCUUGUGGUCAUGUUUGUUUUUGUAUAUACAGAAGGAAAUGUAAGUUUCUGGAAGGAAGGAAAAAAGAAUAUUUAUGUUAAUGUGACAACAGUGAAGCAUUAUUUUGUCAAUCGUUCUGACAAACUUUAGUUGAAUAAAGCACCUUAGCACCUGUGA